UAAAUAAAAAAAUGAAUGGAAAAAUCAACAAAAUAAAAAAAAAACAUGUGAAAAAUGUUUUGAUAGAUCAUGUGAAGAAAGAGAGGGAGAUACCAAAUCUUAUAAAAUUACAUUUGGAUGCAAUAGAAGAGUGUAACCAUGACGAAUGGGAAGAAUAUAAAAGCGAAUUUUUAGAAAUAUGUAUUAAAGAAUUUUUUAAAGAAAGGAAAAUUGAUGGACAAGGGAGAAUGAUAGAAAAAAAAUAUAAAUGUGAGGAUAAUUUAAAUAAUAUUGAUAUAUUGAUGAAAAAGAAAUUAAUGUGGAAUAAAUGGAUUGAAAGAAAUAGAUAUCUUAUGAAUAAUUGGAAAGAUGAAGAAUGGUUUGAU